AACUUGGGCUCUUUCUUCAAGAGACUGCAAAACCAUGAACGCGACCUCUCCAAACGAUUUCAUCCAAGCUCUAGAAAACCACAGCGGAAGCGAUUCCGACACCAACAUCGACGACGAAGAUGCCGCCGCCGAGUACUACCAGCCAGUCUCCGCCGUCGAUUCCGAAGACGACGACGACAUUCAGCAUCCCCAACACGACGCCGUCGUUUCUCACUCGCAGCUCCUCCCCAACGGCGUGAUUACAGACCAGGCGCAGAGGGGAGUGUCGUCGCUCAGAUUAAACGACGGCGUCAAUGACAGCGGCAACGAAGAGGAAGAGGGAGAGGAGAUUGGGGAGGGCUCUGAUUCGGCGAUCAGGGAGGACGAGAGCCGCCGCAACGCGCCGUUGACGCCGGAGAAUGCGACGAGAGUUAUGGAGGCCAUGAGGGGGAUCUCGUUUGCCGGAGUGGCUCCAGACUGGGCUGAACGGAUCCCCGAAGAGAACUGGAUCGAUCGGCUUCGCCGGCUCCGGCAGUCACCCCAGAGUUGAUCGUUCUUGUUUUCAUCAAUCUGAAUUGAUUUCGAAAAAUGUGGCAUUUGGAUUAAAGGUUCUUCCUUUUUGAUUAAUGAGAGUACUAUCAUUUCAGCU